GUAAUAUAGUUGUCAAUUCAACUAACUCAACUCAAAUGUUUGUAAAUGUAAAUGCAAUCUGAGUUGGAUGAUCUGCCAUGUCGUCGUAGGAGACCCACUUGGUUUUUUGGCUGCUUGUUUACAUGUUUCCAUGCUAAAUAUGCUUAUAGCCUAAUAGAAAUAUUGAAGCCGUGGCUGGCUGCAUUAUUAGUUGACAGACAUUUUCUCAUGAACUAACAAAUUUUGAAGUCCACGGUUUUUUUGUGUGUGUUCUAUGUCCAUCAUGCGAGUGGCCAUAAUUGGAGCAGGAGUCAUCGGGCUGUCCACGGCUCAGAGCAUAUAUGAACAUUACCAUUCUGUCAUUCACCCACUGAUCAUUGAGGUGUUUGCUGACCGUUUCACUCCACUGACCACUAGUGACGGAGCUGCUGGCUUCUGGCAGCCAUACCUUUAUGAUAAUGGAAAAGUUGAAGAAACCAAGUGGAAUAAAGAGACAUUCGACUACUUGCUGAGUUUCAUCAAGUCCCCUGAAAGUGUAAAAAUGGGCAUAUUCCUUCAAUCUGGUUACAAUGUGUGUCUUGAGCCAGCACCUGAUCCUUCCUUUAAAGAUAUUGUUUUGGGUUUUAGAGAGCUCACCGAGCGUGAGAUGCAGAUGUUUCCUGGAUACAAACAUGGAUGGUUUAACACUGCAUUGAUGGUUGAGGGCAAAAGCUAUCUACCUUGGCUAAUGGAUUGGCUGGAACAGAGAGGUGUAAAAUUUCAUCACAGGAAAAUAGAGUCAUUUAAAGAUCUAGCAGAAACUGGAGCUGAUGUUAUUGUCAAUUGCACUGGAGUGAGAUCUGGUGAACUCCAGCCAGACCCAGAGCUUAAACCUGGCCGCGGACAGAUAAUAAAGGUAGCUGCUCCAUGGCUUAAGCACUGGAUUCUCACCCAUAACUUUAACAAAGGGUUAUAUAACUCACCUUACAUAAUUCCAGGAAGUCAACUUGUCACUGUGGGUGGUGUGUUUCAAUUGGGAAACUGGAGUGAGGCAAAUAAUUCCAUUGAUCACAAGAACAUUUGGGAAGCGGCAUGCCUACUCGAACCUAGUCUUAAACAUGCAAAAAUAGUGGAGGAUUGGUGUGGCCUUAGACCUUCCCGCAGCAAGGUAAGGCUGGAGAGAGAGUCUGUGCAGUGUGGUCCAUCUAAAGUAGAGGUAAUACAUAACUAUGGGCAUGGAGGAUUUGGAUUGACUAUUCACCGGGGUUGUGCCGAGGAGGCUGCCAGAUUAUUUGGACAGAUUGUUGAAGAAAAAGGAGAAACUCUGAAAGCUCGUCUAUAAAUCUGAGAAUGCACGAUAAACAAAAAAUAAAUCAAUAAAUCAAUAAUUAACCCUUAGCAAAUAAAUAAAUAUCACUAUAGCAAAUUAAAGUCAUCAUAGAGAAUGAAGAAUGAGUAAUUGUAGCCAUUUUAAUAUAUUGUUUAGUGUCAUUGUCUAGACAAAAAUGUCCACACUUCAAAAAACUUUUAGGUAACACUAUCAUCUUUUAAACACUGAAUGAUUGACUUGGCAUGGUUCAUUUUACAAUCAAAUGACAAAGCUUGGUUUUCUUAACAUUGUUGCUCUGUAUCUGUAUCAAUGUUUUAUAAUAUUUUCUCACUGCGUGACAAGCCAUUAAGAAAAUGUUGGCAUACAACAAAAACAAAUUCAAAAUUAAAACUACAAUCACAUGUGCAUGUAGUUAAUAAUUUUACUAAAGUCUAAUAUUACAACAUUAUUAUGUAAAUAAAUAAUAUCUAAAACAGAAAAAUGGAAUGU